AUGCCAGAAGGAAGUGCGAGGUCCUCCAUCGGAAAGGUAUCGGUGGACACCUGUUUAUCCAGGAGAUAUCCUGUGGACAUCCGGCAUCCGUAUUUGCGCCAGGACAUCCACCAGGAAAUUGGACUGCUCCAACCCACCUACACAGCUGCUGUGCCGCCCACCGAAUGCGGCACACUGGACGAGGCUCAGUUGAGAAACGGAGAUAUUCUUACCCAACCGAAUGAGCACCCGUGGAUUGGAAAAAUUGAAGAUGAUCAGAAACUUCUCCAAUGUGUGGCAGUCCUCAUAGAUGCCAGCCAUGCCUUAAUUCCGGCCCAUUGUAAGGACAAUCUCCGUACUGAAAUAAAGGACAUCAUUUUCGGUGACUGGAACUUGAGCAACAAAAGCGCGGCCAUAACUGAUGAAGCCACGCAGAAAAUUCCGGUUAAAAAGAUUAUACUACAUCCGGACUUCAGGUUAGGACUCUUUGAAAAUAAUUUGGCUAUUGUAGAGCUAGAGGAAAAGGUGGUCUACACCGACUUCGUUCAACCCAUUUGCCUGCCUUCGGUUGAGAAUCAGAAGCCCAGUGAGAAUCUUACCGUAGUAGGGUUUGGAUUUAAGGAUCCUUCCCGGUUCAUACAAAGUCUGGAAAAUGGAAGAAUUAAGGUUCCAUUUGAGACCAGACCCAUAGUAGGGUGUUUAGAAGAAGUGUUUGGAAAAAAUUUUCGAAUGGGAUACACGUGCGGCCACACCAGUCGAUCGCCCAUUUCGGGAUCUGCUCUAAUCGAAGCUGUUGGAAACCCCAAAAAAUUUCAUCUGAUUGGAAUUGUAGUUUCCGGUUUUUAUCAAAGUUAUGAAGCAAGACAGAUACAUGUUAACAUAUUACCCCGUUUGGAUUGGAUUCUGAGGAAUAUCGGCGAAUGA